AUGGCCGGUGCGGGAGCUGGUGCGGCGUAUGGAGCGGCGCAUUCGUCGUCGCAUGGACAUCCGUCAUCCAAUGCACCGCUUUCGCCUAAUAAUUACACGUCGACGUCCGUCUCGGAUCCUUCUGAGUAUCCUGUGUCCGAUGCUUCGUAUUAUCCUGGCACGCACUCCGGUACUUCAGCCUCGGGAUACCAUCCCAACCCACACGUCGCCGGCGCACCAUACGCACCCGGACAAGCACCCUACGGCUACGGGACCAACGACCGUGGUUUCCCAGGCGGGUUCCGUGGUCCUUCGCCAGGUCCUUCUUCCAGCGAGGGAUGGGCGGGUCCUGCCGCUGCAGGCGCCGCAGUUGGAGCCGUUGGGCCGACAGCGUUCAGAAACCCCGUGAGCGCGAAAGAGAGGGAGGCGUUGGCGAGGAGAGGAGUGGCGAAUCCGACGCCGUCGGAGGUGGUACAGCAUCAGGAUGGGGGGAGGGUUCCGCAGAGGGAGGGAGAGGAGGGAGAGGGAGAGGAGGGGCCGAGUGAGAUUCCGCCGAGUUAUGAUAGUAUACCGGCGGAUGAGAGGGGGAGGAGGUGA